UUUCCAUAGUCACUGGGAAAAUAUGGCGUCGCGCGCAAGCAAGACGCUUCUGUCCCUAGGUCGACUAAAUAUUCCUGCUUUUGGACUUAAUAAUGCAGUCAGCAGGGUCACAUACGCAACGGCUUUGUCCAUGAAUUCUUCCUCUGGGAAAAAAGGUGCUCCAGAGAGAAGCGGUAGAGAAUUUGGUAGCAGAAAACCCAGAAGAGAAGAAGGGGAGCCCAGGACAGAAAAGAUGCCGUUGGAUCAGGACUGGACUGCAGUUUAUCCAGCAGCGACCCCCUUCAGAGCAGGCUCCGUCCCCCUGCCCGUGAGGAUGGGAUACCCUAUGAAGGGAGGAGUUCCUCCAGAGAAGAAGGGCAACUUGGAGCUAAUCAAGAUCCCAAACUUCCUGCAUUUGACACCAGCAGCCAUCAAGAAACACUGUGAAGCUCUUAAACCGUUCUGCACAGAGUGGCCCUCUGCUUUGGACACUGAUGCCAAAUGUGAUGAACACUUCCCCAUUAAAGUAGAAUGCACAGACUACGUGUCUUCCGGGCUGUCUGUCAGAAAUCCUUCAGCACGUAUUGUUCAACUCAAAGUAAAGCUGUCCAUUUUGAACCUGGACGACCAUGCACGCAAGAAAAUGCUCAAACUUGUCGGGGAGAGAUACUGCAAAGACACUGACGUCCUCACCAUCACGACUGACAGCUGCCCACUGAGACAGCAGAACUAUGACUAUGCCCAGUACUUGCUAACUGUUCUCUACCACGAGUCUUGGACCAAAGAACUACAGACUCUUCACAACCUGCUCAAACUCUUGGUACAGGACCUCACCACACGGGUCAAGAAGGUUUCCAUCUCAUUUCUACUCUGAAGCUCACCUUCUCCUGCUCAAACUGCUGACAAAUGUUUCUGCUGCUCUCAAGUCUGGUCUCCAGAACUUCCUAAAAACUCUCAGUCUCUUCUGCUGCAGGUUGCUUUGUAGAACUGUUGCAGAAAACCUCACUAAACCACAUGGAGGGGCCUCAAGAUAGUCAUCCAAAUGAAACCGUACAAAAACCAAACUAGCACAACCCAAACGCUAAAGUCUCCUGCAGCCUACCAGAGAACCUCUGAGAACAGAGAAUCAGGACAGGAACUCUUACCUUCUGGACAACCAACGUUGGUUCACAAACAAGAAUUCAGAAUGUGUCUGACCAAAAACCUCUAAAGACUCACUACAGCCAAGAUAAAGACACAACUCAGCUGUACCAAAUCCACUAAUCACUGCACACAUUAACACCAUGUGCUAACUGUGGCUAAAGAACCACAUUUACCAAGACAACUAUCCAGUACAAAGCCCUAAAACACACCAAGAAACACAUUAAAGACGAUUUUACUGCUGGAAGCUGCAAGCCAACGCCUAAAGAACACACUAAAGCAAUGGAGCCAAACCCGGUUCUGUGGUGAAGAGAAGCAGAGGAAAUGUUUGUCUGCAGCUAAAUAAAGCAGGAAGACACUGAGCUGCUCAGGUGUUCCUGAUAACACCAAGCAGCCACCUGGACAGCCAAUAGGAACACAGCUUACUGGAAGUCCAGAGGGCGGGGUUAGUGAAGGAAAUUUAGUUUAAAGUUGAAGCAGAAAGUUAAUAAAGAAAGUUGAAAACCA